CCAAUCGAUUCCCAUGCAGCCAUUUAAUCCAAAGCUCUUUGUUUUGUAGUUACUCGAUCACUAGUCAAAAUGGUUGCCUCUCAACUAUUCUUCUUCUUCUUCAUCUUCUUUUCCUUUGUUUUAUUAUCCUUCCUCCAUUUAGCGGCCAGCAAAACUUGCCCGACUUUAUGCAGUAGCAGAGGCCCGAUUGUUACUUUUCCUUUCCGGCUGACCGGUCAGUUGGACCGCUGCGGCUACCCAGGCUUUGAGCUAUCGUGUAACAUGAACAAAACGUUUCUCUACCUCCCCAAUUCAUCGGAAAAUGGAUUCAUUGUCGAGGAAAUUGACUACAAAUCACAAAUUCUAUCAAUCAACGACCCGGAUCUUUGCCUCCCAAAGAGGUUCCUUGAUAACUCCCUUUCCCUCUCGGGUUCUCCGUUUGAACACGAUGGUCCACUUGAAAACUUCACAUUUUUAAACUGUUCGUCCGAUGGAGAGCUACCCGACGACGUUGGAUGGUUCAGGGAUAUUCAAUGUUUAAGCGGGGAAAAUUACACGGUUGUGGCUCUUCGAGCUUCUAGUUAUAACGAGUCUGGGGGAUCAUCAUCAUCGCCGUCGUGUAGGAGUAUUUCUACGGUGGCGAUUCCAGUUCUGUGGCCGCGGUGGUCUAGUCCUGAAUAUGGAAUUCUCUUAACAUGGAGCGAGCCUGAUUGUAUGUCAUGUGAACAACGAGGUGGGGUUUGUGAGUUCAAGAAAUUUCAGAGUCGGGAUUUGAAUAUCAGAUGCACCGAUCUUCCCACUAGAACUAGUUUUCCAAGGGCAGCCAAGUACGGGAUCUUCGUGGGUGUAGCAAUACCAGGAUUGUUAUGCUUCAUCGGACUGGGGUGUUCCUUGUGCGGCAGAGUCAGAGCUUAUUUCGCCUGUCGCCGGUUCAACAACAGACUGAGUUCCAGCUUCAGCCUCGAACACCGGUGGACUGUUCCGACUGGUCUCGACGGACCAACCAUCGAGUCUCUCCCCAAAAUAAAGCUCGGAGAAAGUGGAAGAUUGCCGAAUCCGGAUGACAAAACCUGCUCAAUUUGCCUGGGCGAGUACCAGCCUAAGGAAACAUUACGGACGAUUCCUCAAUGCAAGCAUUAUUUCCACGCAGACUGCAUAGACGAAUGGUUGAAAAUGAAUACGACAUGCCCUCUGUGUCGUAAUUCGCCGGACAGCUCUGAGAGAGUGACGCCUUCGACGUCGACUUCUUCGAAUUGGUCUUCCUCUGAAAUAUUAUCAGUGCCGUAGAAGACUUAUUCAGAUUUGUUUAUUAAUAUCUUCUGUCUCGUUGACUCAUUCAGAAUUUAGGUAAAGUUUAGUAAGAAGCGUAGCCUUUACAGUAUUAAUUAAUGGCCAAUAGACUUAUUCCCAGUUCA